CCAAAACUCGACGUAGUUCGUCGAAAAACGCUACGAACUCUGUCUGUGGAGAUGGGUGACGAACUGAAGGAGGAGAACAAAAAUCGGACAACGCAACUACCGCGAAAAGGGACAGAGGUUACAAAUAUUGAGGAUUAUCUUAAUCGAAACGUCGAUCGACCAAAUCCCGGUGAUACAGCGACGUUACUAGCACGAUUAACGCGACAAGACGAUGGGAAGUUGCCAAAUUUGCCAAACGGUUAUCCUUAG